ACAAAAGGGGUGAAAGUCAACACUGAAGGCCCUUACCACCGGAGAAUGGCAGGUUUAGCUCAAGCGUUCAUUGGCUGACAACCGAUCUCAAUUGGAUCGCAAGUAGAUCAAUAGACUGCAGUGUCACCACUGGGACCACUAUCUACUUUGUAAACAGCAGUCAUGGCGCCUCCAGUAGUGAACGUUCAUGCAGAGCCUGGGACAUUUCCACCAACACAGAGUCAUCUUGGCCCAAGUAACUUCACUUUCUCUCAAGACCCAGGAGCAAUCAAGUCAUCAAUGUGCAGUGUCUUCAAGAAUGAUUACCCAUCACAUCCACAUUAUGGGAGAUUAGAGCAAGCCCAACCACCAAAACUUGGAGAUGUCAUGCACCAGGAUGAUCGCUACUUCAGUCAGAAUGAAUCAGAAACUUCCAAGUGUUUUGAAUACCGCUACUUGAAGAAACCUGUCCUGUUGAAUCUCCAUUCAAAGCUCAGUCAAACAAAUUUUAAAAUGGAUCGGGACACAAAUAAAUUUAAAUGCUUCAGCACAACCCAUGAUCACUAUUUCACUCCUCAGAUGGACGAGAACUAUGAGAGAGCUAAGCCAGUGCUUAACACCACAGCUGCACAUAUUCCCCAGGGGGACAUGGAGAAAGCAGAAGCCUCAGUGUCAGACUACAGGGGCCGCUUCCUGGGACAUGACACUCGGCAACACAAGGUGGAGAAAGCUCCAUCAAUGCAUCACGGACCCCCAACAAUUAAAGGUGAUCCAAGAAUGACACAUUUUGACACAUCCACGGGUGACCAGUUCCCAGGAAAGUGGCAACCCAGAGUGAAGCCCUUCCCAGCUCCGACGGGUACCAGUGUACCUGAUGGGGACACAUUGAAGAUCGUGAUGCGUGAAACAACCACAGGACAAUCCUUCCCCUACCGCGGUGAUGCAAGCAGCUUUAAGCCAUACAGCAGAGAGGCUGUGAGUAAGGUGCUGAACAAGACAAAUCUCAAAGAGCAUGAUGGUUUUGGCACCUGGAACGACUACAUCAGUACAGCCAGUACUAGCUUCAAGCCUAAAGACUCGAAUUUUGUAAGGUUUGUACCAAAGCAGUCCCGUAACCAUAGUGAUUUCCCCGAGGGUGACAGGCAGCCAGCCAGAGAUGUGGAGAGAGUCAGCAUGACCACAAACAAGUUCUACCAUGGCAACCCUCCGAGAGGUCUCCACAACCAGAUCGUGUCUGGGGCUAACCUUGGAACCCGGAGCAACGUGUGGUUCGGAGACCCGGUGCUGGGACAAACGUCCUAUUCAACAUCCACAGGUGAUGUCUUCAAUCCCAAAACAACGCCCUACAGCCAUGAUCGCACCAAGUUCCAUCUGACUAGUGCUGUACCACUCAAGUACUACAGCAGCUGGCAGUCUGAGCCGACAACUGUGAGUGACUACCAGGACCCCAAGCAAGGCAAGACUGUCCCACAGGAAGAGUAUCUUGAUAACUUGAAGAAGUCUCACUUCUUCCCCCCGCUGAAGGAGGCCAUGUUUUUCCACACCACUCACGGGGACCUGUUUACACCGAAGACGUCCGAGAAGUAUAGCUACGACUCGGGGAAACUCCAGAAGAGCUCCGUCCCUCUCGGUACAAUGCAAAUGUCUGCCAAUGUCUGAGACAUGCUUUCAGUGACUGCUCAGAUAGGCACUCCUUUAAAAUGUCAUUUAGUGACGUACUUGUAUGUUGAAAUUCAAGGCUUAGUUUGUUGAUGAGUCUAUAGAAACUAUACUUUAAAUACUACCGGUAUAUACAUUGUACCUGAUAAAGACCUUUUUUAUAACUGUACAGCUACAUGACAUAUUUUUCAUGUAGUCUAAAAACUUUUAAGUUUAUAUACUUUACCAUGUUUAUUAACUCCUCAAGAGAAGUUAAAGAACGACCAAUUCUUUCAUAUUGCUAUAGUUAAUCUGUCAUGGCAUAAUAUACUACUCAAAAGAAGUCAACAACAACCAAUUCUUUCAUAGUACUAUAGUUAAUCUGUCAUGGCAUGACAGAGUAACUAUAGUAAUAUGAAAGAAUCGGGUGUUCUUUAUGUUGUUUUGAGUAGUAUAUAUUCAGAAUAUUCUGUGUACUUUAUUUUAUAUUUACCGGCACCUUGAUGAGAUCUUUCAUUUUUAAGAGAUGUAUUCUUAUAGAUCUAAACAAUUAAUGUAACAAUUUCUGUUUUGAUGACACCAAAUUAUGGGAAUGAACCAAGGAUUGUGAUGUAACAAACCAAUGGGAAAUGAACCUUGCCUCCCUUGGGAGUAGAAACAUCGCCCAUUAACAUCGGGACUUGGUCAUGGUGGCUUUUUAUGCACAGUUUUCAGAUAUUUUUCGUUGUGCAUGGAAAGAGAAACAUGGAUACAAGGAUUAAGAAGAAAGAACCAAAAUGGGGGGCAUGACCAGAUGUACAAAUAUACUGAAAUCCUAGCAUCUCAAAUCUUCUCCCCUCAGAGGUUAAAAACUGAGUGAUCCACGACUCUUCCAGGCUUAAUGAAAGUCUCACUAAAUCCACAGUGGCUACAAGGAAUGAUUUCCUAGUAACACUAUAAACUACACAAUAGGUGUCACUGAGCACAUCUAAGCACUAAACAGUACAAGUGACGUGUGAACUACUUGGCUGUGCUUCCUCAACCCAGCAGUAUUGUCUACAUGAGCUCUUUCAUAGACUGGUUGCUUACAAUUACAAAUUCCUAAUUUUUAACUCGCCUGCCAUUUCCUCAACAAUACUGUUCAGAUGACAGAUGAGGCUGUAGAUGUUAAUACCUAUCACUUCAGUAGGCUUGUCUAUAGGUUUUACCAAAGUGAGCCAUUAUUGCUUACUUCACAAGUUCCUGCAGCAUGUUCUUUUUAAGAAUGUUUCGACCUGCGAAGACAUGGCUGAUUUAAUCUUCAAAGAAUUCAUUAUUUCAUCAUUUAGAAUUGAUAGUUGAUUUGCUUACAGUAUAUUUCUAUGAGUGUGUUAACAUCCAAUGAAAAUCUUUGUCACAAUUCCAUUUGUUAGUUGCUUAACCAAUCAGUAUUUUUCUGCAGUGUUCUCAUCCAAUGAGAAUGAGUGGCAUAAUUCCAUUUUUUUUCUGUGGAAAUGUUAUUGGAAUAUCCAUGUUUGCUCAACCAACCAGUAUUUAACUUCAAGUAUUCUAAUAAUGUUGCUGCUGUGUGAUUUGCUCAAGAUAUAUAUAUAUAUAUAUAUAUAUUUAGAAUACAUUUAUUUAUUACACUGUUUUUUUGGUGUUAAUAUUUCAAUGUGUGUUGUGAUGGAUGUUCCUCUGUUGAUGUUGAUGUAUAUUUAAGCUAUGAGGUUAAGUCUAUCAACCAAUUCUCAGUUGUGUAGUGUCUCUCAAACUGUAUUGGUAAUUUGGUAUGCUUACACUUUGCUGUCCCGGAGAGCACUGC